AUGGCGCAAAACUCCGGUUCGCAAGCUAGUCAAGGCCUCGGCGAUGGCGUCAAGGGCAUCUUCAACUCCAUCCACGGAGCAGGAGAGGCAAUUCGAGGAGCCAUCAACGAUGGGGCUGACAAAGUUGGCGAGGGCAUCGCUCAGGGAGGUAGCAGCAGCGCGGAUAACGCUGAGAGGCAAGCCAAGCUGAACCAGCAGGGACACAACCAGAACGAAAAUGUGGCUCAGAAAGGCCUGGAUGAGAUCAAUCAGGGCAUCGAUCAAGUGCGCAACGCGGGCCACAAGUAG